UCAUUUGUUUUCCUUUUCAUACACGAGCUGGCGGAGACGAAAAUAUACACAACGAAACUAAAACAUUAACAUCGUCAUUUGUGGAAAAUCAAAGCACUGUCUGUAAGUUGCAGCUGAUAUUAUUAAGAGACAUAUUCAAGUAAAACAAUAACGAAAUGACUGGACGCGGAAAAGGUGGUAAAGGCUUAGGAAAAGGAGGCGCAAAACGCCAUCGUAAGGUGCUACGUGAUAACAUCCAAGGUAUCACCAAACCGGCCAUUCGCCGUUUGGCUCGUCGUGGCGGUGUAAAACGUAUUUCUGGAUUGAUUUAUGAAGAAACGCGUGGUGUAUUGAAGGUAUUUUUGGAAAACGUAAUUCGUGAUGCCGUCACCUACACCGAACACGCCAAGCGUAAAACGGUCACCGCUAUGGAUGUUGUAUACGCCUUGAAACGUCAAGGUCGCACCCUGUACGGCUUUGGCGGUUAAAUAUAAAUGCAUGUAUUAAUGUAUCGCAAUGAUUACCGAUUCCCAACAAUGAAAUAAUAGCUAUACACUUUGAAUUUAAAUGAUAAAAUGUUCUCGCUUAUUACAAACAAAAUGCACAUUUAAAGUGAAAUACAUUA